AUGAUCGCGGAGUUGUUGAGCAGUGCCCUGGGGCUCGCCCUAUACUUAAACACCCUGAGCGCCGACUUCUGCUACGAUGACAGUCGAGCUAUCAAGACAAACCAGGACCUUUUACCCGAGACGCCGUGGAUCCAUAUCUUCUACAAUGACUUUUGGGGGACACUGCUUACUCACAGUGGGAGCCACAAGUCCUACAGACCUCUCUGCACACUUUCCUUCCGCAUUAACCAUGCUGUUGGGGGAAUGGACCCAUGGGGCUACCACCUUGUAAAUGUCCUCUUACAUGCUGCAGUCACUGGCCUUUUCACAAACUUCUCCAGGAUUCUCUUUGGCGAUGGGUACUGGACCUUGAUAGCGGGCCUGCUGUUUGCAUCUCAUCCCAUCCACACGGAAGCCGUAGCAGGGAUUGUAGGCAGGGCAGACAUUGGAGCCUGCCUCUUCUUUCUGCUUUCCCUCAUGUGUUACGUGAAGCACUGCUCUACCAGAGGCUCCUCACCAAGUACUUGGGGCUGGAUCUUGGGAGCAGGGCUGUGUGCAGGAUGCAGCAUGCUGUGGAAGGAGCAAGGAGUGACUGUUCUGGCCAUUUCAGCCGUGUACGAUAUCUUUGUGUUUCAUCGACUGAAAAUGCAUCAGAUCAUUUCUGCUUUAUACAAGAGAAAAAAUUUGACCCUGUUCUUCAGCAUUGGAUUAUUGACCUCCUGGGGAACUGCACUGCUGGGUGUUCGCUUGUACUGGAUGGGCAACAGGCCCCCAAGUUUUUCUAAUUCUGACAAUCCAGCAGCUGACUCAGACAGUUUUCUCACACGUACCCUGACCUUCUUUUACUUACCAACCAAGAACCUCUGGCUGUUGCUGUGCCCAGAUACCCUCAGCUUUGACUGGUCUAUGGAUGCUGUGCCUCUUCUAAAAGCAGUCAGCGACUGGAGGAAUCUACACACUGUGGCCUUCUAUGCAGGACUCCUCCUCCUUGCCUACUUUAGCUUGAAGGGCUCCAGCAAUGAGAGAGAAUUCAAUGGGAAAACUGUAAUGAAUGGCAAGCAAAAUGCUAAUGGGCAUAGCUGUCACCCAGAGAUGGAGUACAAGACACUGGAGGUGAAGUCAAGCUUUGCAUCAAAAGAAGAGAAUGGCCUAAAAAAGCAUGAAAUUCAGAAACUGCAGCUUCCUUCAACCGAGAACAUUGUCAUUCUGUCUCUCUCUUUGUUAAUAGUGCCCUUCGUUCCUGCCACAAACCUGUUUUUCUAUGUUGGCUUUGUAAUAGCAGAGCGUGUGCUGUAUGUUCCUAGUAUGGGCUUCUGCCUGCUGGUUACAGUAGGUGUCAGGGCCCUUUAUGUCAAAGCCCAAAAGCGCUUUCUGAAGAACUUGGUUUUUUGUUCCACUGCUGCAUUAAUUGUUUUCUAUGGACUCAAGACUGUUGUCAGGAAUGGGGACUGGCAGAAUGAGGAGAUGCUGUAUAGGUCAGGGAUAAAAGUAAACCCUGCUAAAGCAUGGGGUAACCUUGGAAAUGUUCUCAAGAGCCAGAGCAAGAUUUCUGAAGCUGAAAGCGCCUAUAGAAAUGCCUUGUACUACCGCAGCAACAUGGCUGAUAUGCUUUAUAAUUUAGGAUUACUACUUCAGGAAAACAGCAGGUUUUCAGAGGCAUUGCAUUACUAUAAACUGGCAAUUGGUAGCAGACCCACACUAGCUUCUGCUUAUUUAAAUACUGGUAUCAUCCUGAUGAACCAAGGGAAGACAGAGGAAGCCAGGAGGACUUUUGUGAGGUGUUCAGAGAUCCCUGAUGAAAAUCUGAAAGAUCCUCAUGCUCACAAAAGCUCUGUUACCAGCUGUCUCUAUAACUUAGGAAAACUUUUUCAUGAACAAGGACACUAUGAGGAGGCCCUUACAGUUUACAAAGAAGCAAUACAGAAAAUGCCGAGGCAGUUUGCACCACAGAGCCUAUAUAACAUGAUGGGAGAAGCCUAUAUGAGAAUGAGCCGGCUGCCUGAAGCAGAGCACUGGUAUGUGGAGUCACUGCGAUCCAAGAGCGACCACAUCCCAGCCCACCUCACUUAUGGAAAACUGCUGGCUCUGACGGGACGCAAGAGUGAGGCAGAGAAGUACUUCAUGAAGGCUAUUCAGCUGGAUCCUACCAAAGGAAACUGCUACAUGCAUUAUGGUCAGUUCCUCCUAGAAGAAUCCCGCCUGAUAGAAGCAGCUGAAAUGGCAAAAAAAGCAGCUGAACUUGAUAAUACGGAAUUUGAUGUUGUUUUCAAUGCAGCCCAUAUGCUCAGACAAGCCAGUCUUAAUGAAGAGGCUGAGAAGUAUUAUGAAAUGGCAGCAGGAUUAAGACCUAAUUAUCCAGCUGCCCUAAUGAAUCUUGGAGCCAUUCUCCAUCUGAAUGGCAAACUGAAAGAGGCUGAAGAAAACUACCUCCUUGCUCUUCAACUUAAACCUGAUGAUGUCAUCACCCAGUCCAAUCUUCGCAAAUUGUGGAAUAUCAUGGAGAAACAAGGUUUGAAAACAUCCAAAACAUGAUGAUGAAAACUCUGAACUACUUUACCUUAAAGUGAUUAAACCCAAGAACUUGAACUUCCACAGAGUUGUCAGGUCAGAGAACUUGCUGGACUUGACUGCAAGGAUCUGAGGUCCUAAUUGCUGCUAGGAGAAGCUAUUCCACUAGAGAAACAGAAAAAGGGAGACUUUGAGGGAUUCAUGAAGAACUUGUUACGCAGCAAAUAUAUUUGGAACAAUGGCAUGUGAGAGAAGUUGUUUCAGUAUAUUUGAUAAAUAAUUGCAAAUCCCAUAUUGCUUACUUUUGGGUGGGUACUUGAAAUGUAUACUGUCAUAGAAAUAUGAAGGGAAAAUCACACAGUAUACACUAAGCCAUAUGGGACUUAAAGUGGUAAUAGUAGGUCAAAGUAUUUUGCUGAUACUGUAACUCAUUAAAAAGUGUACUAAAUCCAGUGUGUUUGCAGUUUGUCUUAAUGCUGCUGUAUCUCACUUUUGAACCACUUGCUAGCCAAUUUCACAGCAUAUAUGGCCCAUUUUUUUCCAACCUGUCACAUGAUUAGAUGACAGCAUUGCAAGUUGUUUACUGAGAAUAUGCCUGUUACUUCAGCUUGUUAACUAAUAGUGCAGUUUUCUUGAGAUACGCAGUCAAAUUUCUGUGAGGUAGACAGAAUGACCAAGGAGCUGUCUGUGUUCUACACCAGAUGUAGUAUGUAGGCUGGUAAGAAAAAGACCAGAGGUGUGAUUUAGUAAUACAAGCAGGAGGGAUGUUGGCCCUGAUACUUUGCUAUCAGAUAAAUCCACCUUUAAAUUGGACUCUGCAUACUAUGUUUUUGCAAUUACUAAUUAAAAUGGGAUUGGAAAAUACUAGUAGGUAGCUAAAAUGAGACUUCAUGAGCAACUUGGAGAAAAAGUAAUGUUGUGCAUUGAUGAGGCUAGCAAAUAACUGAAGGGACUCGAUUCGAUCUUGCUUAAAAUAGUGUAGAUUGAGAGGAAUCAGUAAUGGUGGUUGCCAGUUACUUUUCAUAUUGUUGGUGUUUUAAACAAACCCAUUCAGAUUCUAACCAAAUAUUAGCAUUCUGUUUGUAUUCUGACACAGGCUAGCAGCAGAGCUGUCAAAUAUCUUAAAUAUGCUUUUGGUGAGGUUCAGUUUAUUUCUGUUUCAGAAUGAUUUAGCCUCAUUACUGUUUUAGUCUUCAGAUCUUAAAUGUAAAAAUAAUUUAUUUUAAAUCGAAGUAUAUGAAGCUUUAGUAAUUCUUUUUUCCAGGCCAUUUGUUAACUGCUUUCUUUCUUUGGAAUAAGUAUUAUUGUUUGUAAGAAAAUUUACUAUUUCAUUUAAUGGCCCUUUGGUAUCUGCUUCAGUAUUCCUUUCAUAAUGAUAGAUAAAAAGUUAAAGUGGUAGAGCACCUUGAACUGAAGCUUCUUCAGGAUCUUCUGUUAAAAACUCUUUAUUACUGAAAAGGGGUUUGGGGUUUUUAGUUUAUGUAUUCCUUUUUAACUGUUGAGCACCGUUCCAACAAAAAUGUAGAGAAGAACACCUUGCUGUAUUUAUUUAUUUAUUACUUGACUGCAGCAAUGUUACCUGCCAUUAACACAACAGUCUCUAAUGUUGCUAUUUCCUUUAUUUGGUUUUACUUGCAUUUGCUUUGUGAUUAUUGUAUGUACCGAAUGGGAAAGGGAACACUUGAGUUAUACUCUACCUUCUUGGUCAUUCUACCCUUACACUUGGAUUUUAAAUCUAUAUUGAAUAGAUUGGGGAAUAGCUGUUUCAAAGUCAGUAUAGUAGAAAAACUGUAGUUAUGUGUAUUUCCUUUUCUUUCCUCUUGCUCACUAAAAUACCAUAAGUUGCUAAGUUUACAACUGGCCCACCAGAAAGGCCAGAGGGGCAAGAUUGUUUGGUUUUGUGGAGUGUGUCAAGUUUUUCUCAAAUAAUGUUCUUGCUGGAAAAGCAAAACUGAAGGAUCAAAAGUUGAAUUUCUACUUGAUCGUUGAAACCAGUGUUAGAAUACAAUGGUAGCUUGAACUUAUUCUCCUGCUUUACUAACUUUCUGGGAAAAGAUAUAGAAAUAGAUAGUAACUGUAACUGAGCUUGGUAUAGAACUGUGGUAUCCUGCAGCUUUAUUUGCUCAACAGCCAUCAAACUUCGAUGGUUUCUUGGUCUUAAUCAUUCACCAGGUUAUUUGUCUCCUUCAACUUGUACUUAUUCUUGUUUGUUAAUUUUUAUUCAUUGCACAAAAAGGGGGAAGAGGGGAGCACUCCUGUGAUACGGUGUCAUGCUUGCAUUGAUAACUGGUUUUGGUUUUUUCUUUAAAAAAAAAAAACAACAAAAGAAAAGGAAAAGAAAAAAGGACUACCAUAAAUUUACCAAGAAUGUCCCUGAAUACAUUUUUUUAAUAGAGGUCUGGGCUUGAUAACUUUCUUCUUUUGGGAUAAAUUUAAAACAUGUUUAAAAUAUAUCUCUCUGCUCAGGGAUUUGUGGUGGAUUAUUGCAGACAGUGCUAAAAAAGAAAAAGAAAAAAAGAGCACAAGACAAGUUUACUAAAUUAAAAUUUUAUUUUUUGAAAAACUGUUAUUUGUAUAAAUUAUCAGAUUUGUAGGCUUUCCUUUUUGUAGAAAUAAUUGUUUAUGUGCCAGAUAAAAGAAUUUCAAUUUUGUUUUCAAUAAUAAAGCAUUGAUAACUAAUAGCCUGUGUAUUCCUUUGUGUUACUGUAACAGCACUUUGAGUUUUUUAAUUGUUCUAAUUUAAUGAGUAAUCUUGAUUAUUUUAUGUAUGGGAGAACUGGAUAGUGUAAGUAAAAUACAGCAUGUCACA